AUGUGCCGUGAUUUCGGAGGAGUGAAGUCUCAGGGUUUGCGCAACUCUGGCGGAACUUCAACCGUAGCCCGCACACCGAGAAAAAGUUCUCGAUGUACUGGGAUGCUGAAAGCAGUUUUCGGGGUGAAAGAUUGGUCCUCCAUUUCGAAUGAAAUUCCCGGAAAUGGUUAUUGCCGGCAUUCAAAGAAAUUAGUCCGGCCAGCUCCAAGAGAACAUGGGACGCAGGCGACCAGCUGCCCGCAGGCUCCUAAGUCACACUUUCAUACCCGGGGAUCCCAUGAUGGAGUUAUCACAGCGCGUAUUUCCGACGCCCGAUACGCGAUCCAGGCUGCCUUCACGCUGGCGGCUAAAUGGCCGUGCGUGCGUGUGCGUGCGCGCAGCAUGCCAAAUCUCCGCAGGUGCGCGCAGCCGCCAACUGGGGACGGUACAGUCGUGGACGCCAGCAUCGCAUUGCGCAGUCUUCCGGUGAAGCCGUCGGCGCGACAAAUGGAGCAGCCAGUGAGGAGCCUGCGUAGCUCAGGCGAAAGGCAGACUCUUCAGCUUCGGCAGGUCAUCGUCAUCAGGCCAGCUCAGCCUGCCGGCUGGUCACAAAGCCGCUUCCAUUCAGAUGCUGGGCAGUCUCCUGCUCAGCUCGCUCCUCCGAACUGGCUGUGUUCAGAUCGAUUGAACAGCAACUCCGAGAUCACGAGACAGCCGAACCUCACUGCCCACAUUCCUUCUUCUACUGCGAGUCACCAGGCCUCGACAGCCUCCACUCAGGAAAGUGGGCUUGAAAAUACGCAAUACCGGAUCGGUGCCGUUCCAAGCUCACUAAACUACAAGGCGUAUAUCGUGCGCACCAUAAGAAGUUACGACGGUUCAACAUCAGUUGCCCUGAGCUUCAGCAUGCUGGCACGCAUGAUCAAGUUUAUUAUUUAUGUCCUGUUGCAAUACCAAGCUGGUUUCAUCUUUUUUUUUCUUGUAAACUUCACAGCUUCUAACCGAAAGUCUUCAGUUGGUGUGAAAAAGAACAGCAAGAGCAGAGCACUGACGAGGCAGUCCAUGCCAAGAGUCCCAGCGGCUUCCAACUCUACCUCACCUAAGCUAGUGCACAUGAACAAUUCCAGGGUACCAAAGAAACUGAGAAAGCCGGCGAAGCCUUUACUUUCCAAGAUCAAACUGAGGAAUCACUGCAAGCGGCUGGACCAGAAGAGCACAUCCCGGAAGCUCGAGAUGGGGAACUUAGUGCUUAAGGAGCCCAAAGUUGUGCUAUAUAAAAAUUUGCCAAUUAAGAAAGAGAGGGAGGCAGAGGGACCAGUCCAUGCUGCAGUGGGGAGUGGGUGCUUGACUAGACAUGCUGCGAGAGAACACAGGCAGAACCCUGGGAGAGGUGCUCACUCGCAGGGCGACAGUUUGCCCUGCACCUACACAACCCGGCGCUCUUUGAGGACAAGGACAGGUCUGAAGGAGACCACUGACAUCAAGCUUGCACCAAGUCCCUUGGAUGGCUAUAAAAAUGGUAUACUGGAACCUUACCCAGACAGUGGCCAGCAGCCAACCCCAGAGGUGCUGGAAGAACUGGCUCCUGAGGCUGCUCUCAGGGAGGAAGCAUCCCAGGAGUGUCCCAAGAGUGACUCCUGCCCUUCACGAAAGAAAUUUCGACAAGGGAAACCCGUGAAACACUUAGCAAAGACAGAGGAUUGCAGUCCAGAGCACAGCUUCCCUGGGAAAGACGGGCUGCCAGAUUUGCCAGGGCCCCAUCCCGACCAGGGUGAGCCCAGUGGCACGGUCAGGGUGCCUGUGAGCUACACAGACUCUGCUCCCUCACCUGUUGGCUGCUCCAUUGUCACGCCCGACAGCUUCACAACAAAAGACAGCUUCAGAACUGCACAAAGUAAAAAGAAGCGGCGGGUCACCAGGUACGAUGCACAGCUGAUCCUAGAGAACAGCUCUGGAAUCCCCAAGUUGACGCUUCGCAGGCGGCAUGACAGCAGCAGCAAGACAAAUGACCAUGAGAGUGAUAGUGUAAACUCCUCAAAAAUCAGCAUCAAGCUCAGCAAAGACCAUGAAAGUGACAGUAACCUCUAUGUCGCAAAGCUUAGCAAUGGGGUUAGCUCGGGGCCAGGCAGCAGCUCUACUAAGCUCAAGAUUCAACUCAAGCGGGAUGAGGAGAGCAGGGGGCCAUGUGCAGAAGGGCUUCAUGAGAAUGGUGUGUGCUGCAGUGACCCCCUGUCCCUGCUAGAGUCCCAGAUGGAGGUGGAUGACUAUAGUCAGUAUGAGGAGGACAGCACAGAUGACUCUUCAUCUUCUGAGGGGGAGGAGGAAGAGGAGGACUGCGAGGAUGACUUCGAUGAUGACUUCAUCCCUCUUCCUCCCGCAAAGCGGCUGAGGCUAAUUGUUGGUAAAGACUCCAUAGAUAUCGACAUUUCUUCAAGGAGAAGAGAAGAUCAGUCUCUAAGACUGAACGCAUGAGCGCUCACUCAUUGUCCUGGGGAACUAAAAAGUAAAAAUCCCAGCCACAGCUUCUCCGCGCAGCACUUCUGUGGUCUCAUCACCUGUAGGCAUAAUACUGUAGAAAGUGUACAGCAUCCUGACUCUUAAGUCUGAUUUGUGCAAAUUUUUAUUGUACUUUUUAAAUAGCCUUCUUAUGUGCAAUUCCGAGGGAAAGCCCUGUUGUAAGAUAGAGGCUCCAGUAAACUAUCCAGUGACAGCAGCUCUCCACAUAGGACCUUCAGACACUAAUGUGGUUACACCAUGUUGUCACCUAUGAGAGCAAGCGCCAGCCAGCCCUCUUCUGUAGAUGACUAAGCCGUAGUUAGGGCGGAGCAGAGCAGCCUUGUGGGAAGGGUUUCCAGCAUCUGCUCCUAUCACCAGCAUUGACCUCUGGCUUUUGGUUUAUUUGCUAGAUGUUUCCCCCUUGGAGUUGUGUCGGUUUCACACUGUUUACCGGCCCAGGUGUCCUGUCCGUGGCCUUCGUUAUCAUAGCAGACCAUUGGCUGGAAGUCAGAUUGAUUUCUUUGAAGAAAAAAUUAACUUAAAUGCAGUCUUCUGCGUGACAGCUCCUUCUCAGUACAUUAUAUGUACGGGCUGGUGGUGUGCAGGAUGAGUUUUCAGAGCAACUUAUUUAUUGCUUGUCUUGUAAAUUAAAGACCGUGUAUUUAACACUUUCCAAUCCUUUUAGAUAAAAUUGUUCUUUGCAAGAAUGAUUGGUGCUUAUUUUUUCAAACCUUUGCUGUGAACAGCGUGGCGACAGCGAGCAGCAUUUGUCUGAUGAACUCCAGCUAUCUUAAUUUGGGUCUUCAAGUUUCUGUUGCACUUGUAAAAUGCUACAAGGAAUAUUAAAAGAAAUUAUUCACUUUAACUUAUAAUAGUUUAUGAAAUAAGAACCUGAGUCACAGCUUUUGUUCUGUGGUAACCUAUACAAACAUUUGUCUUUGGGAUUCAAUGUAAAGAGCUGAAAACGAUGUAUAUGUUGUAAAUAUUUGUGUGUUGUGAGAAAUUUUUGUCAUAAGGAAUUAAAAGAACUUACCAGGAAGGUUUUUAAGUUUAGAAAUAUUCAUGCCAAUAAAAUAGGAAAUUAUAAAUAUAUAGUGUAAGCACUGCAUCAGUGGGCGUUCUUGGCUUAUGUUAGUUUAUUAUGAAAGUAUCAGAUUUUUUUGAUUAUAUUAUCAGUCAAACAAAAAGAGGAGUCAGAUUUAAUUUGUUUUUGAAGCACUUUGAGAAGAGAAAUUAACUUUAACUUAAUGAGCAAUUUUUGAUUACUGCUUUAUGUUCAAUACAGGCUUGUUUGUUUCUCUGGAUUAUUUUACAAAUCAAAGAAUUUGAGAAUAUCAGUCAGUCUGUAGCAGGUGUUUGACACCAGUGGGUCUGUUUAUUUCCUGGGAAAUGUGUAGGUCCCCUUUCAGAUAGAUGCAUAGUGUUCCUAAACGACACACGCUAAUGGACUCUGUUCCAGCGUGUCAGAGGGGGCCUGCAGGGAGUGAAAGGUCCAACAAAGAGCUUCUCCGUGCUUCCCUGUUGCUGAGGACACCUAUGGUAUUCAGCUUGGGGACACUUGGGUCCUUAAAACCGUUGCUUAUAGGUUCCAGUUACAAGUUAGUAAGAUUCAUGAGUGUUUCUAGGAUACGAUGUCUUUGCUCCUGUGCAUGAUAGAAUCCCUGCUGUGGUCCUGUACAGUCUUGUCCUUGCCAUGCGGUCUCACCCUCUUGGGUGUCUAUCUCACUGGUAAGCAGAAGGGAAGACAGCAUGCACACACACACACGCACACACACACACACACACACACACACACACACGCACACACACAGCCAUUUGCUAUAGCCGUGAAGAAAGGCAGCCCUGUGUCUCAAGAUCUCCUGUGUCAAGGCAUCCAGAACACCUUCCAUGAUGCUUCCAGUCCCCAUGGGAUCCCCAGGUGUAAGUGUGAGCUUAGGAGCCUGCACAGGGCAGCUGGUCACCUGCAUUCCCAUGUUCUCUUGGGCUGUUGAGACUAAAUCCUCCUGUUUCUUUGAAUACCAACAAUAGCCAUUUCAGGAAUUUCAAUCUUAAGGAAAAAGUAACAAAAUAACAUAUUUCCCAUUUUCUCCAUUUUUAAGCUUAAUUUUAGUAACUUAUUUAUGAUGUUUAUUUUAGUUUUGUUGUGGCCUCGUCUGGAGGCCGACCUUCCCAUGGGUCUAAGAGCAGUGACAUUGUGAGGAGUUGCUGCCUCUCAGGAGUUGUAUGCACAAGCAUUCAGCAGUGCUGCUGAUGCCGUCUAGGGAACCUUAUUUCCGUUUCUCAAGGCAGGGGCCUCAGACUGUUCUCGAUCUGCUGUAGAACUUCACUGUGGGGGUGCCAGAACCCCACACUCUUGACCAGUCUGGAAGAGGUUACACUCAAUAAAACUCUCAGCUUGAGCUUAUGCAAUGAUUGGUAAAGUUUUUGGCAAUUGUAAGAAUUAGGAAAUGAUCCUAGAAAUAUAUGUAAAGUAUUCAAUUUUCAAUCAUUUUUCAAAUUACUGUUUUAAAUUGUUUUGCUGAGUUGUAAUACUUUUGAGAUACAAUGUAUUCCUUGUACUGAAAGAAUGAAAAAGGACUUUUUCAGCAUUUGAGGUAAGUUCUUUAACGUUUCAUUAAAAAACAUUUUUUACAAAUAUUUUGUACAUGCACUUGCAGUAUUGAGGUUAAUCAUUUUAAUAAAUUCGGAAAUUAAAAUGA